CCGGUGCGCGGGGGUGCGGUUCCGGGUCGUGGCGCGGCUCGGGGCUGAAGGGCCGCUGCUCGGCCGGCUGGCGGCGGGGAACAGCGAGGGCAUGAGGGCGAGUCCAGGCAGGAGCAGCUGAGCGGGCCGGUAGGACACCGGUCCUUGAGAAUCCUGAGAGUUCAGAGUUCGGGGCAGGGGCCGGGAGGAGUGGGGAGCCGGGCCCUCUCCUCAGGAACGUGUCCUGGGGCCGACCGGGCCCGUAGUGUGGAAGCAGCUUCAGGUAGGUGAGUUCGUGAAACAAUAUGAAGAGGAGAAAAUAGCCUUUUAAGGAAAUUGGCCCACAGAAAGGAUGGCCUUCUUGGACAAUCCAACUAUCAUUCUAGCUCAUAUUCGACAGUCACAUGUGACCAGUGAUGACACGGGAAUGUGUGAGAUGGUUCUCAUUGAUCAUGAUGUUGACCUAGAGAAGAUUCAUCCUCCUUCAAUGCCUGGAGACAGUGGGUCAGAAAUUCAGGGAAGCAAUGGUGAGACUCAGGGCUAUGUGUAUGCCCAGUCAGUCGAUAUUACCUCAAGUUGGGACUUUGGUAUUAGAAGACGCUCAAACACAGCUCAAAGAUUAGAACGACUCCGAAAAGAGAGACAAAACCAGAUCAAAUGCAAAAAUAUUCAAUGGAAAGAAAGAAAUUCUAAGCAAUCAGCCCAGGAGUUAAAGUCACUGUUUGAAAAAAAAUCCCUCAAAGAGAAACCUCCAAGUUCUGGAAAGCAGUCCAUAUUAUCUGUCCGUCUGGAGCAGUGCCCUCUGCAGCUGAAUAAUCCCUUUAAUGAGUAUUCCAAAUUCGAUGGCAAGGUUGUCUUUUCCACUCAGUUGUUUCUUUUGCUGUACACAAGUCAUCGUCGUUGUCGUCCCCCACCCUUUACAGGGGAUCUAACUCAGGACCUUGAUUUUGCGAGGCAGGGUCAUGUAGGCACAACUGCAACUAAGAAGAUCGAUGUCUACCUCCCCUUGCACUCGAGCCAGGACAGACUGCUGCCAAUGACCGUGGUGACAAUGGCCAGCGCCAGGGUGCAGGACCUCAUUGGGCUCAUCUGUUGGCAGUAUACAAGCGAAGGACGGGAGCCGAAGCUCAAUGACAAUGUCAGUGCCUACUGCCUGCAUAUUGCUGAGGAUGAUGGGGAAGUGGACACUGAUUUCCCCCCACUGGAUUCCAAUGAGCCCAUUCAUAAGUUUGGCUUCAGUACUUUGGCUUUGGUUGAAAAGUAUUCAUCUCCUGGUCUGACAUCCAAAGAGUCGCUCUUUGUUCGAAUAAAUGCUGCUCAUGGAUUCUCCCUUAUUCAGGUGGACAACACAAAGGUCACCAUGAAGGAAAUCUUGCUAAAGGCAGUGAAGCGAAGAAAAGGAUCCCAGAAAAUUUCAGACUUCCUCCCCUCCUCCUGCCUCUUUGAUCUUCCAGGCCCUCAGUACCGCCUGGAGAAGCAGAGCGAGCCCAAUGUUGCAGUCGACCUGGAGAGCACGCUGGAGAGUCAGAGCGCUUGGGAGUUCUGCCUGGUCCGCGAGAACAGUUCAAGGGCAGAUGGAAUUUUUGAGGAGGAUUCACAAAUUGACAUAGCUACAGUACAGGAUAUGCUCAGCAGCCACCAUUACAAGUCAUUCAAAGUCAGCAUGAUCCACAGACUCCGCUUCACAACCGAUGUGCAGUUAGGUAUCUCUGGAGACAAAGUCGAGAUAGACCCCGUUACGAAUCAGAAAGCCAGCACUAAGUUUUGGAUUAAACAGAAACCCAUCUCAAUCGAUUCUGACCUGCUCUGUGCCUGUGACCUUGCUGAAGAAAAAAGCCCCAGUCAUGCAAUAUUUAAACUCACGUAUCUAAGCAAUCACGACUAUAAACACCUCUACUUCGAAUCUGAUGCUGCUACCGUCAAUGAAAUUGUGCUCAAGGUUAACUACAUCGUGGAAUCACGAGCAAGCACUGCCCGGGCUGACUAUUUUGCUCAGAAACAAAAAAAACUGAACAGACGUACAAGCUUCAGCUUCCAGAAGGAGAAGAAAUCAGGGCAGCAGUGACACUGGCCUCCACCCUCAGUCUGUGGCUGCAGCUCAGAGCCCGCCUGCCAGGGCCAGGUGGCCCCAGAGCCCACCCCGAGUCCUGCAGUGCCUGGGAGAGGCCAGCCCUGGGCUCUGAGCUGAGAGCUAGGGCGCUCUCGGGGAAGGUGUGCGGGUGGGGGCACCUAGGCUGGUGUGCAGGGCACGUGACAUGGACCGAAGUGGCUUUGAGUAGCAAUGCCCAGGGGCCAGACCAGCCCCAAGGAGCCAGAAGCCGCCUGGCCAGCUUCACUGCCUGACAACCCUGCCUGAGAGUGUACAUAGCCAUGCCAGACAUUUCCUUGCAACUUGAUCAAAUUUCUUAAAGCAAACGAAGAACAAAAGUGUACAUUUCUUUUUUUUUCUUUUAAUAAACAGGUGUACUCUUUAUCAUG